AUGGUGAUGAAGAAAAAUCCUAGUACGGGUCGAAAAAAGACAGCGACCACAAAGAUUCAAACAAAAAGUCAUUUGCAAGUAACAUUCUCCAAACGCCGGUCGGGAAUCUUCAACAAAGCAAGUGAGCUUUGCACACUUUGUGGGGUUGAGGUUGCCAUGAUCGUCUUCUCCCCAGGCAACAAGGUCUUCUCUUUUGGUCACCCUAAAGUUGAGACAAUUCUUGAUCGAUUUCUUUCAGCACCAGGCUCCAAGAAACACCAACUUCUUGAAGCCCAUCGAAGCAUUUACAACAUUCAUGAGCUCAAUGUUCAUCUCACUGAAAUUCUCAAUCAGGUGGAAGCUGAGAAGAAGCAUGGAGAUUUACUUGAGGAAAUGAGAAGGCUUAACCAGAGAGAACACUGGUGGGAGGCUCCAAUCAGGGAGCUUGGGUUGCAUGAGUUGGAGCAGCUGAGGGCUUCAAUGGAGGAGUUGAAGAAGAAUAUUAUUGCUGUGAUAUUGAAUGGUGGGGGGAAAGUUGAUGAUGAGUUUUUGGAGAGCAAGGCUGCUGCUUUCAUCAUCCCCAAUGGACAUAAUCUGCUUUAUUAA